CGAUACGUGUCCUGCACUUAGCUCUGAGCAGUUUGAGAUUUUGUGAAUUGUUGUAGCGCGACACUUAGGUGCCCUUGUUUAAGUUGUGGGUCAAAGGAGUGCCGCCAGCGGUCGACCUUUUUUAGAUUCCCAUGUCUAUGACUUCGACAUUCUAGUUCACUUAUGUUAAUUUGGUUAGCAAUUGGCCGGUGAUUUGCUUUUAAAAGGGAUCCUGGGUCUAUUUGUUUUUCUAGGAUUGAUGGUAGAAGAGGAGUAGACGAUGAGAUUACUAAGAGUUCUCCUGUAACUUGCUAAAGCUGGUUACUACUCUGGAAACAACUUUUUAUGAUCUGAGAAUAUAGGUGGACAUCAGCUCUUUCGGACAUGCCUCGAGAUGCAAAUUCAAAGGGAAAUAUAGAGUGCUGGAGGUUCUGACCUCAUCGAAUUGUGAAGUGCCAGUUAUUCAGCUUCUCAUUUCCCCUAUUUUGAGCAGUAUGUCUUGGUUAUGGGAAAAGAGUGGGACAUGGAGAUGGGUCGUUAUGAACAGUAAAUACAACAAGGGAUUUUUCUUCGCUUUCACUACUCUUUGUUUUAUGGGCUCAUGGGCGCUGGGAGAGGCAGUUAUGCGAACGACAAAUAUGUCUCAAAUUUCGCUGGAUGAAGAGCUUCGGAGGCGAGCAAGGCCGGAUUCCAUGAUGGUGGGACAAGUGAACAAGGAUAGAUUAAGACAGCUUUUGGAAGAAGUCCAGCGGAAGGAGAAUACCGAAGAUAGAUAUGCAGCAGCACUGCGAGGGGAAACUUUAACUGGGACACCAGGUGCUCGUGUGAGAGGUGGUGCAGGAACCAGUAUGCAGUCCCCUUCUUCCCAGCCAGAGAAGAUUGCUGUCUCUUUGCAAACGGGGCAGACUGUUAAAGAUACCAAAGUUCCAGCAACUACCACCUCGUGAGACAAAUUGAGCUGUUUCCUUGCUGUCUACUUCCUGUUACUAACUUUUAAAUAGGCAGUUGUGUGCACGGUCAGUAGAUCAGAUGGUAUUUCUACUUGUAGAAUUCUCCAGUCGCUUACCAAUGAAGGCUCGUCAACAGGAUGUCACGCUUACCAGCUUGAACCUUGCUAAGCAGAUUGCUCAGUGACAUCUAAAACUUCAUGAACAAAUAGAGAUUUUGCAUAGUGGGUCCUAUCCAGCAAGCAUUAAACUUGCAAAGAAAGGGUUAAGGCAUCAAUGUAGUGCUUUCUAAUUUAGCAAACAAAGAAGUUCAGGGUCUGACCAUUUUUAGGGCAUCUCAAUCUUCAAUUUGAAGCUUGCAUGUCUCUAGAAGACGGAGACUUAGAAGUUCAACCUUAACUCUUACUCUGACCAGAAUUUGAAUUAUCCAACAAAAAUCUUGCUUGUCACAUCUUCUUUGCAAUUCGAGGAGUUAAGUGUAUUGGUAAUCAAUGUAAAAUACCAAAAACAUCUGAUAA